AGGAAGAUGAAGAAGAUGGUGUUGUAGAGAGCAGCUACAAGACGGGUGGUGCCAGCUCUGUAGCCAUCCACAGGCUCAUCAUGGAUCUAAAGAACAUGAAGAAAACAAAAGGCAAGUUUGGAGUGGAGGGUGUGCCAAGAGGGGAUAACUUGUUUCUGUGGGAUGUGAAGCUGACAAAUAUUGACCCAAACUGUCCACUAGGAAAAGACCUACAGCAGUAUGCAAAACAGCACCAGGAGGAGCCUGUUAUCAAAAUGGAGAUGAAGUUUCCCCCGGACUACCCCAUGGCCCCCCCUUUUGUCAGAGUGCUGAAGCCCAGGUUCAAGUUCCUGACAGGUCAUGUGACCAUUGGAGGCAGCAUCUGCAUGGAGAUGUUAACCAGAUCGGGGUGGCGGCCAACCAAUGACAUCGAGAGUAUACUGGUACAGAUUCGUGCAGAGAUUCUAUCAGACAACAACGCCAGACUAGACAACAAGAACCCCAACUGGGAAUACACCGAGAGCGAAGCUAAGACAGCGUUCCAUCGGAUGGUCAACAGAUAUGGGUGGGAAUGACCGACCACCUUCCAAAACAUUCCAGUAACUUUUUAGGGCUGUUAUAUGUGUAUGUGUAAAGGGAGAACGACUGAAGUACUAGUAAUUUUUUGUUGCCCCAAAAAUGAAUGCAAAUACUGUUUUAUUUUUGUUGCACAGCAUAGUAGGAAACACGGAAAUUUCAUGUCCUAUUCCUAGAAA